CACAAAGAGAGUUCCUUAAAGUUUGGUAAAAUUAGAAUAAUAAAAUGGGUCAGGGAAAAGGCAGUGCCAUUGCAAUCACUUUGUUGCUUUGCCUUUUCCUCAUCCAAUCUGAGAUGGCUCAUGCUAGAGCCAGAGUCUACACUGUUGGAGAUGCCAAAGGAUGGACCUUCAAUGUCAAUUCUUGGACUAAGGGAAAGAUUUUUCGAGCAGGCGAUAUACUCGUAUUCAAGUAUCCUCAAAUGGCACACAAUGUGGUGAUGUUGAAGAACAAAGUAGCUUACAAUUGGUGCCUAAAACCAAGAGGUUCAAAAGUUUACCAAACAGGAAAAGACAGAAUCACGCUUGUCAAAGGAUACAAUUAUUUCAUCUGCGGUUUCCCUGGCCAUUGUAAAGCUGGAAUGAAGAUUGCCAUUAAAGCUCUUUGA